UCAUAUCUCUUGACUUUUGCGUAAAAAUAUUGUUUUUCUUAUUCAUUCGCACGAUGUCGGUUUUUAGGUUAACAAAAUUCCUAUUUUCCAACACAAAUAUUGCACAAAAUGCUGCAAUAUUGAAUCACAAUCGAUAUCUAAGUGUAAGCGUAACACGAUUCUGUGCAAAAACACCAUCAGGUGAAGAUAAACCAGAGGUCGAUCGCUCCGACAAAGAUCGAACAAGAAUUAUUCCGGUUGAGACCAGUAUCAAGUAUUUGGACAGUGAGGCCUAUAAAUCAACGUACGGCGAUCAAUUAGUUUGGCAACCGUAUCGACGAAAUCAUAAGGGAGGUUUUGCGCCUCGAAGAACCCGGCAAACCUGUAUCCGGAAAGGAUUCAUUUCGACAGGCAAUCCAUGUCCAAUUUGUCGUGACGAAUAUUUAGUAAUUGAUUACCGGAAUCUGGGCUUGCUCAAUCAGUUCAUUUCACCACAGACGGGAGAAAUAUUGAGCUACUCGAAAACCGGUGUGUGUCAGAAAAGGCACAAUCAAUUGGUUAUUGCCAUCGAAAAGGCUAUGGACUACGGUCUGAUCAGCUUUAACGUUCCAUUCAAAAAAUACGAUUACGAAAAGUACUACGGUAAAGCGACCGAUUCGCAAGCCUAAAGACCAUCAAUUUCUUAGCAUAAUUUUCGAAAUAUAAAAACAAAAUGCAACAACAGUACGAGUCAACGUUUUUAGUUAUUGGGGGAGGCAUAGCCGGAGUGUCCUGUAUCGAAACAUUAACAUUUCUUUGUCCGGAUCAAAAAAUAAUUUUAGUCACCGAAUCGAAGCUCAUCAAAACCGUCACGAAUUUGGUACCAUUAGCCAAAGCAGUCAGUCGAUUUGACAUUGAAGAACGGAAUGCAGAAACGUUGAAGGGAAAUUUGACGGUGCUCGUCGACCGAAUGGUUUCCGUUAACAGUACAACUAAAACAGUCGUCACCGAAAAAGGAAUUGAAGUAAAAUACAAAUUGAUGUGUCUAUGCACCGGUGCUCGGCCCAAACUGAUUGAUCAGGCUGCCGAUAAUCCACUAGUUAUCGGCAUCCGUGACACAGAGUCCGUUUUGGAAUUCCAGAAGCGAAUCAAACAUAGUAAACGAAUUGCGAUCGUUGGAAAUGGUGGAAUCGCAUCGGAAAUCGUCUAUGAAAUUCGAAAUAUUGCAAUCCAUUGGGUGAUUAAAGACAGCUUCAUAUCACAAUCCUUCGUAGAUCCGGGAGCUGCCGAACUCUUUCAGUGUAAAAUUCGCAACAAGAGCAAUGUGCAAAGCGAAACGAAAACUACAUUCAAGCGACUGCGAUAUGACGAGGACGGCCAAAGCGAUAACAAAAGUGGUGGCGCUUUAGGACCCGAUUGGCAUCGAACAUUAGAUUUAGAUGGAGGUGAAAGGGAAAUGCCGGAUAGUGUGGUGGUGCACAAAAAUUGUGAAGUUCGAUCAAUGUCAAUGGAAAAUGAGCAGCUAGCGGUGACGCUCACGAAUGGAGAGAAAAUUAUUUGCGACUUUUUGGUAUCGGCAACUGGCGUGAAUCCGUCGUUAAAUUUUAUCACCGACGUUCCAUUCGAAUUAGCUGGCGACGGCGGUAUCCUUGUUGAUGAGCUAAUGAAAACAUCCAUUGAUGGUGUUUAUGCGGCUGGUGACGUUUGCACCGCUGGUUGGGAUAAAGCAAAACAUUGGUUUCAAAUGCGUCUAUGGACACAAGCUCGACAAUUCGGUUCGAUGGCUGGGAAAAGUAUGGCUGCUGCAUUAGAAGGCAACGAAAUCUAUCAGGAUUUCUGUUUCGAACUGUUCGGUCACGUGACACAACUGUUUGGGUACCAAGUUGUGUUGCUUGGAAGGUUUAACGGACAGGAUUUGGGUAGAAAUUACGAAGUCUUGAUUAGAACGACACCUGACCUGGAAUACAUAAAAUAUGUUUUGGUCGAUGGGAAAGUGGUUGGGGCGAUAUUGAUUGGUGAAACCGGGCUGGAAGAAACGACUGAAAAUUUGAUUCUGAAUGAGUUAGAUGUAACGCCAUACGGUGACGAUUUGUUAAAUCCGGACAUAGACAUUGAAGAUUAUUUCGAUUAGGACGGCAUAAGGUACGGCUUUAUUUGUAGCGAUGACUGCAAAAUACAAGUAGAUUUGACUGUUGCA